AUGCAAAGGAUAACACAAUUAAAUGAUAAAUUUCCACAUUAUGAACAAGAGCUUCGAGCAAUUUUAGAUAUUCUUGAACACCAACCACAAUUAAAUGAUCAUAUUGAUAAUAAACUAAAUGAUUUAACAAAAGAAAUAAAUGAACAUGGACAAUUUAUUGAUAAAUUAGAACGAAAUGGUUUAUUAUUUAGUAAACUAAUAUGUAAUACAACAUCAAAACUAAAUAAUGAUGAAACAAAACGUAUACAACAAACUAUGGAACAAGCACUCGAAGAAUAUUCAAAUGUUAAAGAUGCAAUUAAUAUUAAAUUCAUUACAUUAAGACAAAAUUUAAAAUUUAAAACUUAA